CACUUCUGGUUUGCGUCGCUUGAGUGACGCCACUUCCUGCUCCCGGCUUCACGUGACCGCGCAGCGGCGCGAUGGCGGCGUGGCUUUCCAUGUUCCUGUUACAGCUCGGGCUUGCUGUGAAAGGGCCGACGCCAACCGGUGCUGCGAAGAUGAAGAUAGUGGAGGAGCCCAACGCGUUCGGGCUGAACAACCCGUUCCUGCCCCAAACCAAUCGCCUGCAGCCCAAAAGAGAUCCUUCGCCCUUGACAGGACCAGCACAUCUCUUCAGACUCUCUGGCAAGUGCUUCAGCUUGGUGGAGUCCAUGUACAAGUACGAGUUCUGCCCAUUCCACAAUGUGACCCAGCAUGAGCAGACCUUUCGCUGGAAUGCCUACAGUGGGGUCCUUGGCAUUUGGCAUGAAUGGGAGAUCGCCAACAAUACCUUCGUGGGUAUGUGGAUGAGGGAUGGCGACUCCUGCCGUGCCCGAAGCAGGCAGAGCAAGGUGGAGCUUACCUGUGGGAAGAACAACCGACUGGCCCAUGUGUCUGAGCCAAGCACCUGUGUCUAUGCACUGACAUUUGAGACUCCUCUUGUCUGCCAUCCCCACUCUUUAUUAGUAUAUCCAACCCUGCCGGAGGCCCUACAGCGGAGGUGGGAUCAGGUGGAGCAGGACCUUGCUGAUGAACUCAUCACUCUGCAGGGAUAUGAGAAGUUGCUGAGGGAGCUUUUUGAGGAUGCUGGCUAUUUAAAGGCUCCAAGAGAAAAUGAGCCUACACAGCAGGAAGGAACAGCUAGGGGUCUGGGGACUGAGACUCUGGAAAACUGCAACAAGGCACGUUCAGAGUUGACAGAGGAGAUACAAAGGCUCACCAGUCUGCUAAACCUGCAUGGCAUUCCCCACGAGAGGCCCACAGCAGAAACCUCCCACACUGAGCACUUAGCCCAGCAGUCCCCGACAGAUGUGACUUCAGAGCAGCUUCGAGGGGAUCCAGGACUUCGUGGGAACAUAUUAUGAUAGAGAGUAGACACAAAGAGUGAAGAAUGUCCAUCUAAACUUGAGUAGAAAACAGUACUCUGGACCUGCUGGGCCAGGUGGAGACACAGAGGGACUCUCUAUCUCUAGCCUGACUUUGUUAUACUUAAUAGAGACAAACAAAGAUUCAAAGUUUUAAUUAAUUCCCAUACUGAUAAAAAUAAUUCCAUGAAUUCUGUAAACCAUUGCAUAAAUGCUAUAGUGUAAAAAAAUUUAAACAAGUGUUAACAAUUUUAAACAAUUCACUACAAGUAAAUGAUUAUGUAUUUUAAAUAUGA